AUCGCCCAUCGAAAUCUAAUGCACAACGUCAACAGCGCACACAACCGCCUACUCUCUGUAAUAUUAUUUAUAAUAUCUUCCCCGACGCCCUCGCAGGAGAAAGGCAGCAAGACUACCAGCCAGAUGAAAAUCGGGGACUCGCCACGCAAUCAAGACAACAAGCUGGGUUGUACAAACACUAGCGACAGACCCGAUUAUUAUAGCCAUGUCUGUGGUUCUCUCUACGGGGACGCUCCCCAAGGCUAUCACCUGGUUUUCAUCAGCCUACACUGGCGCUCUGAGGUGUUCCGAAGACAUACUAUCGACAAAUACGAGUGCCGGGACGUUCAAGUGUGUCGGCGACAUUACCCACAACGCAGCGCAUCAGACCCAGCAGAGGGUUGGCUGGAUGCCUUCGACGCCAUUUAGGGGCACAGCUUUUCUUCUCUGGUUCAACCUGUUUGUAAUUUUCCUAUGCACUUGGACAGGGACACGUCCUCGUGUACUCAAGCCUGCUAAAUUCUGGUAUACCCACAAGUACUACCAAGUAGCAAAGAACGUCUUGUGUCCUGGGGCAUCUGUCUUCGAGGCUAUCCAUGAAUAUUGGCAAGCGCGAACCCUGAUCACCGAGACAAAAGGAGCCACGGAUGGUCAGAUGAAACUGGUGACAGCCUUUUACCUUGGCAUGCUCGGUGUCAGGUACAGAACAGGCGAGAACAGCAACCGUGUCUUGUGGCCAAAACAGUAUGCUUUCAUGCUCAACAAAGGGAUGGUGGCUUGGGACGCCCGAAGCUCUUGGGGACUCAAUGCGGCUGCAAUAAACGACAAGAGUGACUCCGCAGGUAUGGGCCAGGCCUUCACUUUAUGCAAUAUUCUCUGGGCUCUGUGGAUUGCUGCGCACCGAUUAGGGAAUCACUUGCCUCUGACACCUUUAGAGAUCACCACUAUAGCAUACGCAAUUUGUGCUAUUGUGAAGUGCCCUUUCUGGUGGCACAAGCCAAAGGAUGUUCUGACGUACAGUCUCAUAGAUCUUCCAGAGAUGAAACGAGAGGAUAGAGAAACAUUCGAAUCCCUGGUAGUGGAAGAUACGUACGACAUCGACGGCCCGGAAGAAUGGUCCAGCCGCGAUGCAUAUAGUUUGCUUGGCUUUGCUCGCGCUCAAAAUCCAGUUCCUACAAGAGCAACCUCUGAUCCACUGGAAGAUGAACACGCAGCUCCCGACAGUGUGGUCGACACGAAUGUCAAACCUGUGGACUCUCUUCAUUCUGUUGGAGAGACCAACUCCAGCAACACACGGAGCAUCGAGCAAACGCAUGUCAAACCGCCGAUAAUAAUCUUAAAGUGGGACAUUGACCUUUACAGAUUCUGGAGAUGGCGACUGCCGAUUUGUGCGCUGAUGACAAUAUUCUCUGCUGUACAUCUUGGUGUUUGGAAUUACGCUUUCCCCACGACAGCUGAGAGAUGGCUUUGGCAGUCAUGUGUGAUUCUUUCCACGGUCUCAGCAUUCGUGUCGACGCUGUUUAGAGAAAUAGCUCUCCGGUGGACGGGACCCAUGUCGAUUCUCCGGGUGGGAUUCUUCUAUCUUCACGUUAUGUGUCGUAUCAUCCUUGCAGCUCUUGUGUUUGCAUCUUUCAGGUCCAUGCCGGUAGAAGUCUAUCACGUUCACGCGGCGUGGUGAUCUUCGUGUUCCAAAAAUCGCCGAGACCAUGGUUGACGUCCUUCGAGCAGUCGAAAAAUUAUAUCUGUACGGCCAUGAGUAGCGCCUGGAAGCGCGCUCCUGCCUGCCCAUGGCCUGCAUUCUGAUGAGGGACGGCUAGAUCCGAGUCU